CUCAGAGGUGUCAGCUGGGAAUGAGGAGACUGGGAAGUUGAUACAUUAUUUUUCCCAGCCUAAAGCCGCUGCAUUUAGCGGGGAGGGGAGAUGACUGAGCUUGGAAACGGCGGUAGCCCAGGUCAUCCUAGCCAGCCCCCGGCCUCAGAUCUCACUACGCAUGGUGCGCGUACCUGAGGAAGUGCAUGUCACUUGGGAUAAAUUAGGGGAAAUACUCUUAAACCCUAGAAAGAAAUGGGGAGGGGCUCCCAAGGAACUAAACGCAGGGUCUGGAGAAAGAAAAACAGAAGAGACAGAAAGGGAUGGUGUCGCCCCCAAACAGCCGGAGAAUGGAGACUCGGGAACGGAGACGCCGAUUUCCAGGAGAGACCACAGGGUGGCGCUGGCAGCCCGCGCGCAAGGGGACCCGUCAGACCCUUCUCCCUGGAGCCAUCUGGACGGGAGCCAGGACUGGGCACCAGACAGGACCAGGACAAUGGCAGUGCCCAGUCUGUGGCCAUGGGUAGCUUGCCUGCUUGCAAUCCUCCUCUCCUUGGGAUUUGGCCUGGACACGAGAGAAGUGUGCCCCAGCCUGGACAUCCGCUCAGAGGUGGCAGAGCUGCGGCGGCUAGAAAAUUGCAGCGUGGUGGAGGGCCACCUGCAGAUCCUGCUCAUGUUCACAGCCACCGGCGAGGACUUCCGUGGCCUCAGCUUCCCACGCCUCACCCAGGUCACUGACUACCUGCUGCUCUUCCGGGUCUAUGGCCUGGAGAGCCUGCGUGACCUCUUCCCCAACCUGGCAGUCAUCCGCGGUGCCCGCCUCUUCCUGGGCUACGCGCUGGUCAUCUUCGAGAUGCCACACAUGCGGGACGUGGGGCUGCCGGCGCUGGGGGCCGUGCUGCGUGGGGCUGUGCGUGUGGAGAAGAACCAGGAGCUCUGCCAUCUCUCCACCAUUGACUGGGGUCUGCUGCAGCCUUCGCCUGGUGCCAACCACAUUGUGGGCAACAAGCUGGGCGAGGAGUGUGCCGAUGUGUGCCCCGGCCUGCUGGGCGCCACCGGUGAGCCCUGUGCCAGGACCACCUUCAGCGGGCACGCCGACUACAGGUGCUGGACCUCAAGUCACUGCCAGAAAGUGUGCCCCUGUCCCCGUGGGCUGGCCUGCACAGUCAGGGGUGAGUGCUGCCACACCGAAUGCCUGGGAGGCUGCAGCCGGCCAGAAGACCCCCGUGCCUGUGUCGCCUGCCGCCACCUCUACUUCCGGGGUGCCUGCCACCGGGCCUGCCCGCCAGGCACCUACCAGCAUGAGUCCUGGCGCUGUGUCACAGCGGAGCGCUGUGCCAGCCUGCGCUCUGUGCCUGGCCGUGCCUCCACCUUCGGCAUCCACCAGGGUAGUUGUCUGGCCCAGUGCCCUCCAGGCUUCACCCGUAAUGACAGCAGCAUAUUCUGCCACAAAUGCGAGGGGCUGUGCCCCAAAGAGUGCAAAGUGGGCACCAAGACCAUCGACUCUGUCCAGGCAGCACAGGAUCUGGUGGGCUGCACCCACGUGGAAGGGAGCCUCAUCCUCAACCUUCGUCAAGGCUAUAACCUGGAGCCGGAGCUGCAGCGAAGUCUGGGACUGGUAGAGACCAUCACUGGCUUCCUCAAAAUCAAGCACUCCUUCGCCCUCGUGUCCCUAGGCUUUUUCAAGAACCUCAAACUUAUCCGGGGGGACACCAUGGUGGAUGGGAACUACACCUUGUACGUGCUGGAUAACCAGAACCUACAGCAGCUGGGUUCCUGGGUGGCUGCAGGGCUCACCAUUCCUGUGGGCAAGAUAUACUUCGCCUUCAACCCACGCCUCUGCCUGGAGCACAUCUACCGCUUGGAGGAGGUGACUGGCACGAAGGGACGGCAAAACAAGGCUGAGAUCAACCCCCGCACCAACGGAGACCGAGCUGCCUGCCAGACUCGCACUCUGCGCUUUGUGUCCAACGUGACGGAGGCCCAUCGCAUCUUGCUGCGAUGGGAGCGCUACGAACCGCUUGAGGCUCGAGACCUACUCAGCUUCAUCGUGUACUACAAGGAGUCCCCAUUCCAGAAUGCCACAGAGUACAUCGGUCCAGAUGCCUGUGGGGCCCAGAGCUGGAACCUACUGGAUGUGGAGCUGCCCCUCAGCCGCACCCAGGAGCCGGGGGUGACCCUGGCCCCGCUCAAGCCCUGGACACAGUAUGCUGUGUUUGUACGGGCCAUCACACUGACCACAGCGGAGGACAGCCCCCACCAAGGAGCCCAAAGCCCCAUCGUCUACCUCCGAACCUUACCUGCAGCGCCCACAGUGCCCCAGGACGUCAUCUCCACGUCCAAUUCCUCCUCCCACCUGCUGGUGCGCUGGAAGCCACCGAUCCAGCGCAACGGAAACAUCACCUACUACCUGGUGCUGUGGCAACGUCUGGCAGAGGACAGCGACCUCUACCUCAAUGACUACUGCCACCGCGGCUUGCGGCUGCCCACCAGCAACAACGACCCCCGCUUCGACCGAGAAGACGGGGAACUCGAGGCCGACAGGGAGCCUGGCUGCUGCCCUUGCCAGCACCCACCUCCUGGGCAGGUCCUACCACCGCUGGAGGCACAGGAGGCAUCUUUCCAGAAGAAGUUUGAAAACUUUCUACACAACGCCAUCACCAUUCCCAAAUCCCCUUGGAAGGUGACAUCCAUCAAUAAGAGCCCUCAAAGGGACUCAGGGAGGAGCCGCCGGGCAGCGGAGGCCCUCCGGCUUGGGGGAAACAGCUCGGAUUUCAAGAUCCAAGAGGACAAAGUGCCCCGGGAGCGAGCGGUGCUGAGUGGCCUGCGCCACUUCACAGAGUACCGGAUCGACAUCCAUGCCUGCAACCACGCGGCACACACCGUGGGCUGCAGCGCGGCCACCUUCGUCUUUGCACGCACCAUGCCCCACAGAGAGGCUGAUGGUAUCCCAGGAAAAGUGGCCUGGGAGGCAGCCAGCAAGAGCAGUGUUCUCCUCCGCUGGCUGGAGCCACCGGACCCCAACGGACUCAUUCUCAAGUACGAAAUCAAGUACCGCCGCCUGGGAGAGGAGGCCACAGUGCUGUGUGUGUCCCGCCUGCGAUAUGCCAAAUUUGGGGGUGUCCACCUGGCCCUGCUGCCUCCUGGAAACUACUCUGCCAGAGUUCGGGCAACCUCACUGGCUGGCAACGGCUCCUGGACAGACAGCGUCGCUUUCUACAUCCCUGGCCCGGAGGAGGAAGACUCCGGGGGGCUGCACGUCCUUCUCACCGUCACCCCUGUGGGGCUCAUGCUGCUCAUCAUUCUUGCUGCUCUUGGUUUCUUCUACAGCAAGAAGAGGCUGACCCCCCUCACCUCCCAUUGCAGAAACAGCACCCUGUAUGCCUCUGUGAAUCCAGAAUACUUCAGCGCCUCUCACAUGUAUAUCCCUGAUGAGUGGGAGGUGCCUCGGGAGCAGAUUUCCAUAAUCCGAGAACUGGGCCAGGGCUCUUUCGGGAUGGUAUACGAGGGGCUGGCACAAGGACUUGAGGUUGGAGAGGACCCCACGCCGGUGGCCCUGAAGACCGUGAAUGAGCUGGCCAGCCCACGAGAACGCAUUGAGUUCCUCAAGGAAGCCUCUGUCAUGAAGGCAUUCAAGUGUCACCAUGUGGUUCGUCUCCUGGGUGUGGUGUCUCAGGGCCAGCCAACUCUGGUCAUCAUGGAGUUAAUGACCCGAGGGGACCUCAAGAGCCAUCUUCGAUCUCUGCGGCCCGAGGCAGAGAACAACCCUGGGCUCCCACGGCCAGCACUGGGAGAUAUGAUCCAGAUGGCUGGUGAGAUCGCAGAUGGCAUGGCCUACCUUGCUGCCAACAAGUUUGUGCAUCGAGACUUGGCAGCCCGGAACUGCAUGGUGUCCCAGGACUUCACCGUCAAGAUUGGGGACUUCGGGAUGACUCGAGAUGUGUAUGAGACAGACUACUACCGCAAGGGCGGGAAGGGGCUGCUGCCUGUGCGCUGGAUGGCCCCCGAGUCCCUCAAAGAUGGAAUCUUCACCACCCACUCUGACGUCUGGUCCUUCGGAGUGGUGCUCUGGGAGAUCGUGACCCUGGCUGAACAACCCUACCAGGGCCUAUCCAAUGAGCAGGUGCUCAAGUUUGUCAUGGACGGUGGAGUCCUGGAAGAGCUGGAGAGCUGUCCCGUUCAGCUGCAGGAGCUGAUGCGGCGCUGCUGGCAACAGAACCCGCGCCUGCGUCCCACCUUUACCCACAUCCUGGACAGCAUACAGGAGGAGCUGAGGCCCUCCUUCCGCCUCCUCUCCUUCUAUCACAGCCCAGAAUGCCGGGGCGCCCGGGCCUCCCUGCCGCCCGCCGAUGCAGAGCCUGACUCCCCCCGAACCCCAAAAGAGGCCUCCUCAGACUUCAGCCCCCAGAAUGGGGGUCCAGGACAUUGAGGGGCACCCCGUUCCCUGGCUGAUUGGCCUCCCAUGGACAGAGAGAGGAAGGGACCUAAGCUUUGCAACCAUGAGAGGCUGAGAUGUUCACACCCCAGCCCCGUGCUGAGACAGCCGAAGGAGACCCAGAGCAGGAGCAGGGCAGGUUGGGGGGUGACAGGGAGACCACAGCUGAGUCACGGCAGGAAAGGUUUUCUCAGGAGAGAGUAAACAAGGCCACAGCAGGAGCAGAGAUUAGACGGUGGACAAGCCGUUCUGAGUGAGAGCCUGCUCAGACUAGAACGAGAGGCCGGCCUGCUCUGAAGGCAGGGUCUGGGGACCCCACCGUCGGUUUUGGAGCUCCUGUGGACCUCUGGGGCCAUCAACAUGCUAGAAACCAGACAAGCCGCCAGACUCGGGCCUGGAAGCCUCUCUGUCUGUGUUUGGGAUGCUGGGGCUGAGCGUCCAGAUGACCACUCUUUGUACCACUGUGUCUCACCCCCUCCCCCUGCCCCAUGCCAUAGCGCGUGUGGGGAGAACGCAGGGCCCUGGCUGAGUGGGUUCCCAGCCUGGCCUGAAGGCCUGCCCUCUCCCCGGCCUCCCCUUUGCCUCACCCAGGGACCCCAAGCUUGGUGCUCCCCCUUCCUCUUCUCCAGGGCCUUCCCUCGGUGCAGACUCACCCCUUCUCCCAGGCCCUUCCCCUCAAUCCCCCUCCUACCCUGGGAUUAUUAAGGCUUUAAGAGCCUUGCUUCCUCCCUGCCCUUACUCCUGCCCCCCACCCCUGCCUCUCAUGGGAAGACUGGAGAAGGCACAAUAAAGGCCGAGGUCUGUCUGUACCCUGGUCCCGGGCAGCCCAUUAUCUCUCCAUCUAUAUGGUCUUAACACUGGAUGAACUUCCUCCCUCCCUCCUUGGGGACUUGAGGUGGUGACCCUGAGGCUGUGAUACAGGAUAAAUACACUGCUGUCAAACACCACCUCCAUGAGGACCUGAGCAGCCGGGGUUGCCAUGGCAGUGAAGCAGGACAAUCCUGCUAUUAUCUACAGCUCAGGCGGCCAGAAGUGGUUGAGCCCGGCAGGGGAACCUUUGUAUCUGGGCUCCCAGCCUCACCAGCCCGUCCCCCACACCUCAUCUUUAGGUCAUCUCUCGCUGUUUCCACUGGAUAGACAUUUCCUGGGGUCUCCCACGACAGACGUGAGGUGGGCAGAACAUGGGAUGGGGGAGGAGGGGUCUUGAUGACAUUACCAGUCCAGGCUGGAUGCCCCCCCUGCCAGGGCAGGGAACACGUCAGAGCAGAGUCUAUGUGUCUGGCUCCCUACUGUUAUGCCAUCCCAUGAGCAGAGAUGCCCUGGAGGCAUGUUAAAGGAACACUUGGGAGUUGGUUUCCAGGCUCUUACGCCAGUGCCAUCAGGGCAUCUGAAAGGGAGGAGUUGCAGAUGAAUGACUUAAAACCUUGCUGAAGGGAGUGCUAGCAGAAGGGGCUGGGCCUGACUCAAGGCUUUUUAGAAUCCUGCACCAGUGUUUCCUGCACCAAUGUUUCCUGCAUCCAGGCCCCUGCAGCCAGAGCUCCCAUGCUACACGCUGCCACACACACAGCAGGUCUAGGGAGAGUUAUACUUCUAAGCGCUUGCUCACUCCAGCAGCUGUCCUGCAAACCACAGCUCCUUAAGGCAUGAGUGGAGUGGGUAUGAGUCUGUGCAAGGCCGUCUCUAUAUAACAACCACAACUCACCAUGCACUAUCCUGACAUGGGCAGCAAGGACCGCACAUCCCACCACACCCCUGCCCUGCCUGUCAUUGGUGACUAAGGCAACAGUGACCCCUAAUGGUUGCUGGAAGAAUCACAGCUUAGGAAGAAAAGGGGGGAAGGUUGUUCUCUCCUCCCCUGAGAUGCUGGUCUCAGAGACGCUACUAACGAGUACAAGGGAGGAGAGACUCCACACAGGAAUCUUGGAUCCGAGACCUGCACACUCGCACAGAUCACACAGGUAACCCCGAGCAUGCACAGGCCCUGAGGUCAGCAAUGGAGUCAAGCCCCCUCCCCACUACCCACGUCCCCUCACCUCCACAGGAUGGAGCAGGGCAUGCUCAGGAAGUGCUGGUCAUCUGAAUGGGAAGGGGUUUAAAGAAGGGAUUGGGGAAAAAAUAAAGAAGGGAUUGGGAGCUGAAGAAAAGAGGGCUUCAGGAAAAAAGUGUCUGUGCUUUACCUCCAAAGAUGAGUAGCUGGUGACUGACCCAAAAGAAUGUUUGGGAGAAAGAUGUAAGGAUACUGGAAGACAAACUUGGCUGCCCUCUGUACCCUGGGAAAGAAACGGAUGUAUAUUGUAAAUAAC